UAUAUUUAGAUAAUUAAAUUAAAAUGUUAAGUGGUGAUGUUACAGAUCGAAUAGGUGAUUUAACUGAAUCUUUAAAUAGAACUACAGAAAUUCUUUCAACUGCAGAUAGAAUGAUGGAUCAUUAUAGAAAUUUAAAUAGAGAACAAGAAUUCGAAAUUGCAAGGCUUCAAGAAGAUCUUCAGAGCAGAAAUAGAAUUUACAAAAGAAACUAUAAAGACUGUGAUUCUGAUUUUUCUAAAAAAAAAAAAAAAUUACAACAAAAUGUUAAAAAGGUUUAUCUGACGUCUAGUGAAUCUUCAGAAGAUGAACUUCAUUUGCACAAAAGAAGCUAUGGUUCAAAAGUUAAGUUCAAAAAUGAAAAGGAUGAUAUUCUUGAAACAACCCUUAGUGAACUGAAUAAAAGACAAGAGCAUCUUGAAAAAGAGUUAAAAAGAGAGAAAAAGAGAAGAGCAGAAGAAAUUGAACAACUUGAUCAACUUGUGUCAAUAAAAAAGGAGCUAACUUCUACACGAAGAAAAGAUGAAGCUGAAAAAAUUUUAGAUAAAAAGUUAACUUUAAUACAAAACCAAUUAGAAGAAGAACGAUGGGAAUGGAAAAAGCACCAAAAAGGAAUUUCAGAUGAGGUUCAAUCAAUAAAGGAGAUAAUCAAGGAAUCAGUUACACCAAAAUCAAUAGAGAAAUCAAGUAAAGCUGUCUGGCGUGAUUCAGAAGAUUGCAUUUCACAUUACAAAAGAAAAAUAGAAAAAGGGGAAGAAAUGAUUAGAAAACUCAAAGAUGAGCUGCAUAUAAAGAGUUGUGAAAAUCGUGUUUUUGAAACCACUGUCGAUGAGAUUUAUGCAGUUGAUCAGAUGAAAGCCAGUCAAUUGCAGCUUUUAAAAGAUCAAUUACAAAAUGAAAAAAAUUCAAAAUCUAAAAUAAUUGAAGAGUAUGAAAAGUUAAAAAAUGAGCUGACUGCUAAUGAUAAACAACAUAGAGAAUUGCUGAUUGAUUUGUCUACAAUAAAAAAUGAAACUCAAGCAUUUAAACAUAACUAUGAAGAAGAAAUUAAUCAUUUAAAGAGACUGCUAGAUAAAAAUGAAAAAAGCAAACAAAAACUCUUGUCUCGCAUCGAAAAGUUUGAAUUUGAAUUAAACAACAAAGAAUCGCUACUUCAACAAAAAAAUCAUCAGCUUAAUGAUUUUGCAGACAGAAUUUCUAAUCUUGAAAAAGAAAAACAAGAUUGGCACAUGAAAUCUAAAGAUGCUCAAUAUCAUGCCGACUUGAAAAAAGAUCUUGAAUCUACUAAGUUAAAGUUGAUUACCACACAACAGAAUUGCAAAGAUUUAAUAAAAGCUAAAAAAGCUCUUAAAGAAAAAGCUGUAUCUACAAUAAAAGACUUACGUCGAAAGUGUUCUGAGUUAGAAGAUUAUUCCAGCGAACUUUUAGAAGAAAACAGACAAAAAAAUGCUGAAAUUUCUAAAAGAGAAGAGUCAAAAGACAUCGAAGUAAACUCAUUAAAAUUAAAAAAAGAAAUGUUAAAGGUUAAAUCACUUUUGAUGAGACUUAAAGAUUAUCAACAAAAAAUUGAAUUACUAACAUCAGAAAAAGAUCAUCUUGAAGAAAAUCUUUUGAAUGCAAAAGAAGAGGCAAAAUUGGUUACUCAAUACAAAAAAGAAGUUGAGAAACUUCAAGAAAUGGUUGAUUUUUUAAAAGCGAAAUUGUUGGCAGAAAAGCAAAAAAGAAAAGGUUUAAAAAGUUUAUUAGAGGAAAGUUAUGAAGUUGCAGUGUCUAAGAGAGAAGAGACAUCCUUACUUCUAAAACAAGUAGAAGAAAAAAAAUCUACGUACAUCCAUAUGGUGGAGAAGAUGCAGCAAAAUCACGACAAUGAAAAAAAAGAACUGAUGAAGCGAGAAGAAGAAAAACUUAAAGCAAUGGAGAAGUUUUAUAAAAAAUUAGAAGAAAAUUUUAAAGUUAAUGAAGUAAAGUUUGAGGAAAAAGCAUUGGUUUUUUCUGAAAAAGAAAAUGAAUGGCGUGCACUUGAGAAAGAAUAUCAAUCGCUUCUUGAAGAAAGGGAUAAAAAACUCUCCAUCAUCAGUGAAAAUAAUCAAUUGCUUCUCGAAGAAAAAGAUAAAAAGCUGUCUACAAUUAGUGAAAAUAAUAGGUUGCUUCUUGAAGAAAAAGAAGAAAAAAUAAUUUUGCUUGAAGAAAAUAGUAAAAUUCUUCUUGAAGAGAAAAAAAAAUUAUCAGAGGAGAAAUUAUUUUAUGAAGAAAAAAUCAAAAUGGAACAGCAAAAAUUUAUUGAAGAAAACUCACUCCUUAAUGAGAAGCUCCUUAGGUUAGCAGAAGAAAAUCUGCGAAUACGCAAAAGAUAUCAAUUAAUGAAAAAAGAUCUUGUUGAAAAAUUAAAUAAAGCAUUAGCUAUUCAAUCAAAAGAUCAAAUGAGUGAAAAAAGUGAAGAACAUUUCAAGCUGUUAUUAAAGUCAAUUCUUCGUGUGCUUGGCAGAGAUGUAGAAAACAUACAUAAUCUUUUAACAAAAGAAGUAGAUGAAAAUCUACCUGCAAAAGAAAUACCUGAAGGAAUGCCUAAUGAGUGUAAGAAUGAAGUUGAACGUUUCCAAGAGCAUCUUCAUGCUUGUUAUUCAAUCUCAAAUGUGUUGAAACAACGUUAUCAGCAGCAGAAGAUGCUCAUUAAAAGAGCUCGCAUAAAAAUAAGGUCAUUGAUGGAAGAAAUUGAAAGUUUGCGUUCUCAGUUUAAUUCUGAAGCUAAUAGUUACAAAAAAAAGUUUUUAGAGAUGGAGAAAGUUCAAGCUGAUGAGAAAUUAAUCUCAGAAGAAUACAAAAAAAAGGCACAAAUUCUGCAGUCUCGCGUUAAAAGAUUAUCAAACCAUCUCGAAAAAUGCACUCGAGCGUUGCAUGGUAGUAUCGCCUUGGCCAGCAAUCAAAAGUUUGUUAUUGACGAGAUAGAUCAACUCAGAAAUGAUCAUAAAGAAUAUCAGGAAUUAGAUGAACGUUUUUAUAAAAAUGAAGAAAAAAAAGGACUAAUAAGUGAACAGCUAAGUGAGGCAAAAAACUCACUUUCCCAAAUGAAACAAGAUUCUCUGGAUACAACAAUAUUUUCCAAUAAAAUUAUAGAAACUUUUGGUUCUGUUAGUCCGACACGCAAGCGUAAACUAUUAUAUUUUAAUUCCCCAACCAAAAUAACUGCGCUGUCUGAUAAAUCAAAUGCUCAAAUAACCUAUUCCGACAUUGAAUUUUCCCCUAUUAAAGAUUCGGUUCUUUUAAAUGAUACUGAGUUGACCAUAAAUGGUGGUGCAGUUUAUUUGAACCCGAUGUCUUUAAAUGAUGAAGAAUUUACUCAAUUAUUUGUUGAUACCAAAUCUAACGAAAAACUGAAGUCAAAUAAUUAAACUUUGUUUAGUUUUUAAUAAUAUUUAUCAGUUGACUUUUUAACUGUAAUUAUAAAUAUUAAAUAUAUAUUUAAGUAGUUAUAUAAAUUAAUAUAAAUAUUUAAAUAUUUUAUUUUUUUUUUAAUCUUUAUAAUGUAAUUUUUGUGUUUGAUAAUAUGUUAAUAUGUAAAUUAUCAUACGUACAAUAUUUAAUAAAAACUUG